GAGAAUCUUAGUAACCUGAUCACAGACAUUAAAAGACAUGUCCAAGAGCAAAUAAAACCUGCUAUUAUGUGUUUUAAAUCCAUUGAGAGAAUUCAAAGAGAAAGCGAGAUAUUUCUUCAGUUUCUAAAGAGAGCUAAUGAAAUGUCAGGGAAAUGUGUGUUUCAAAAAACCACUAAAAUAGUGGAAUAAAAUCUAUAUGUUUUAAUUACUAAGAAUAAGCAUCCCUCAGGGUGAGAGACAGAGUUCAUAAGCCCAGGAAGUAGUGUGUACACACAGAGAAAGUCAGCCUUCAGCAAAAGAAAAAAUAAAAUAAAAAAUAAAAAAACCAAGAUAAGCCAAAGUGGGAACACAUCAGAAAGCUUUCUAAUAUCAACAAUAGGGUCCCUCCCUUUUUGGUGCCUGGGGCCUUCUGUGUCACCAUGGGCACAGUGCCGCUCACACCAUGGCGUGGGUCCUGAACGCGCCACAGCCUCUCAAGAGACGUGGGUCCUCGGAGCCUCUCUAGUGCCGGAGUUCGGGCUGCAGGCAGCUCCACGGCGGGGGAUUAACAGAACCUCUGGAAUGGAUGGAGUCUUCCCGAGCAGCUUUGCUAAUUUCCAGCAGCUGGACAAUGUUCCUCAUUAAUAUCUGUCUGUCAGCAUAAUCGUCACAUCAUUUCACUCUGGUGGCAGGGACUCAGCUCCAAACUCUGUAUAGAAAAAGCACCUGGAUCCCAGUCUUUCAAUGGCUUCGAGACAACCAGAAGAGUCUGCUCUUGAGCCUAGUGGGCCUCUAGGCAAGAUGUCCCUGCCCAUUGGGAUGUAGCGCCGGGCAUUCAGCUAUGAUGAUGCCCUCAAGGACCCUACGCCCAUGACUCCUCCUCCAUCGGACAUGGGCUGCAUCCCCUGGAAACCAGUCAUUCCAGAGCGCAAGUAUCAGGACCUCGCCAAGGUGGAGGAAGGAGAGGCCAGUGUCUCCUCCCGUGCCCUGCCCCCGCCAUCGGCCACUGACGGUGCAGACAAGGUCCCCGUGGUGAAGGCUAAAGCUACCCACGUCAUCAUGAGUUCUCCGAUCACAAAACAGACCCAGGAGAGCAUUCAGCGUUUUGAGCAACAGGCAGGGCUGAGAGAUGCUGGCUACAUACCCCACAAGGGCCUCACCACCAAGGAGACCAAGGACCUUCGAGGGGCAGAAGCACUCCACAAACUAAAGCUCCAGAGUGGAGAGGUAACAAGAGAAGAGACGCAGCCGGCCUCCACCCAGUCCACCCCAAGCAGCAGCCCCCACUCUUCCCCUAAGCAGAAGCUCAGAGGCUGGUUCACUUCUGGUUCUUCCACAGCCUUACCUGGCCCCAAUCUUAGCACCAUGGAUUCUGGACGUGGGGAUAAAGACAGAAGCUCGGCAGAUAACUGGAGCCCCUUUGGAUCAAGAUCCCUCCAGAAGUCUGAUUCAGGAGGUUUUGCCGUCCAGACCUACAAAGGAGCGCAGAAGCCUUCUCCAAUGGAACUGAUUCACACGCAGGCCACCCGAAUGGCCGAGGAUCUGGCAACGUUCAAGCCGCCCAAGAUGGACAUCCCAGUGUUGGAAGGGAAGAAACAGCCACCACAGGCCCACAGUCUCAAACCCCGGGACUUGAAUGUCCUCACACCCACUGGCUUGUAGAGCUCUGGCUAUUCCAGGGGCUCUGGAUAGAGGGUGUCUUGAGCCCAGCUCCCCUCUACCUGGGCUCUGACAUAGGAAAAGUUUUGUUUUGUCUUUUUUAAAAAUCUCUCAAACUGAGGCUAGAGCUGCAGAUAUAAUUGAUUUUUGAGAAACAUUAGUGCAAAGCUUGUGCUUGUGUAGAAGAAGCCCUUUUGUAUUGCUUUCAUUUAAAGCUAAGACUGAACCUCAGCAGUGAUGUAUGGGGACCUCAUUACCUAUUUUUGUAUCAUUUACCCCAGCCAGGCACUCUGAUCGUUGCUCACUAGGUAAAUAAUGUUUGUGUGGUUCCAGA